GGGAGUGGGAAGAAGAAGAAGAGAAGAAGUAGAGUUGGGUGUACGGACACAAAGGCCAUCAGGAGUAUGCACAUAAACACAAAGUGUGUUUAGGAGUUGGAUUUACUUCUUUGUGUCGGCCGAGGAGAACUGAUGCUAAGUAGUACCCAGAGAUGCCACAUGCACCGAGGUCACCUACAAACUGUGCCAAGAUGCAGACCAAACUGAGCGCCUGGACUCCUCUCAACCACCCUGUGGCAAACAGCAAGGUGUUUGAAGAGAGACGAAGCCUUCUGGCAAAGUGGUUUGACAGGUGGUCUGACAGGCAGAGGAGGGCUGUGCUGCAGGACUUUGUACUGGGCUGCUCAAUGGAGCAGCUGAGGUUCCUGAGUGUGAGUGUGAGCAGACAGCUCCCCCUGCAGGCUGCAGACUUCACCUGCCUGCUGCCCAGAGCCCUCUGCCUCUACCUCUUCUCCUUCCUGGACCCACGCAGCCUCUGCCGAUGUGCACAGGUGAGCUGGCACUGGAAGAGCAUCGUGGAGCUGGACCAGCUGUGGAUGCCCAAGUGUCUGAGGUUCAGUUGGUGCAUCAGUUUCUCCCCCACACCGUUCGAGCAGGGCGUCUGGAAGAGACACUACAUCCAGACUGUGCAGGGGCUGCGAGUAACCCCGCAGCAGACUGCCUCGUCCCUACAGCAGUUUGUGAUCCCAGAUGUAACAAUGAUCAGCAGUAGACAUGAAGAUCUGACAGAUCCGGCCCUCCUCACCGAGGAGCAUCCGGCGUCCACUGCCCAGCGAGUGGGAAGCAGCCUCAGGACUGGAUUCAUUACAGAGAAGCAGCCGAGUGCACUGCCUCCAUGGAGAGAUGCUGACAGACAUCCCAAAGACAUAAGACGCUUUAACUACCUGGACAACCUGGACCCCGUCCAACAAGCCCUGAGAACGCAAACGAAAAGCACAGCCACCACCUGCACCACACCGAAGCCAGACGGCGGGAGCAAGAAAACGCUAUCUGAGGCGAAUUACAAACUCCGCAAAGCCAAAUCUCUGAUGUUCCUCAGCUCCAACUGCAGACCCCAACAUCCCCCUCCUCAUCCUCAUCCUCAUCCUCAUCCUCAUCAUCGUCAGACCCAAACUCAACCUCAAUGGGCAUCUCGCAGUAGCGACUACCCCAUCACCAAGGAGACCGCCAAGAGCCUGCUGCGCCUGGCCCAGUGGAAUGCUGGGAUCCGUCCAGGGCCGGUGAGGUCAGCGGUGCCCCAGUUGAGUGUGGAGGCGCUCAGGGUGUCACAGCGCUCACACCGGAGCUCUCCCAGUACGCCACUGUUUAAGGUUCAGCCGUGGAUCAUGCCUGCUUCACACCCACGAUGACGAAGAAUGAAGCAUAUCGCCCCCAUCAGGAAGACAUCAGAACUACAGUUUCAGUUUCAGGACACCAAAGCUUUUCAGAAGAUGUAGCUGAAUAUAUUUUACUCAUGUAAUUGAGUCCAUUACUGCAGUUUCUUUGGAAGCUAUUGUGUAAAUAGCUCUGGAUGGAGAAGAGACAGACAUUUUGUAUUUACAUGUAAUUAUUUUUGAAAGGUCUUAAUAAUGUCCAAUUUUAAAAAACUUUAAACUUGGAAUAAAAAGCUACUGAAAAGAAAAAAAAUAACUCAUGAAGAAGGAAUGUUUUUGUUGCUGGAAGGAGACAGUAUUUUGUAGUUGAGUAGUUUUAAUAGCCUCAUAGUUAUAUUACAACUGCAUCUUGAAUAUCUUUAAAGCUCUGUUCAAUCAUGAUGUCUGACAUUUAAAGGGGCUAUUUGUGAGUUUUCUCUGCUGCUGAACAUGGUUUCUUGCCGGGAGCAGGUGGUGCCGAUUGUCACUUGACAAGAUCGUUGUCAGCCAUUGUUGUCUUUAUAAUUUAUGAGGUUAUAAUAUGCGCUCUGAGCAGAAAAGUGACCACAGUGACUCGCUAUCGGAAAGUGAUGAGACGCGCUGGGGCUGAUCUGGUUACCACGCUAACUUCAGUAGAGGGAAAGAAGUGAUAGAAACAAGAGUUAGUACUGGUUGUUUUCCACCACUGGAGACAGCUCUUGAAUAAAGGAAUGAAGUUUGAUACUGAAGUUGCAAAGUUUCUUCAAGACUGUUGAGUAAGCAACUUUUAAUGCUAAUGUAGCUAUGUAGCAAUGUUAAAACUUACAAAGAGCUACUUUAAAGACACAGCAGCGCCGGUUUUUACUAACUUUUUACAGAUGUCUUAAAGGAACCCUGGGGAGUUUUCGACUACUAGCAGCGCUACAGAGUGUUUGUGUACCACAGAUUGUAAAUAAGAGAGCCAACGGAAACAUAGUCUGUAUAAGAAAUGUACCACCUUUAUUAUCCAAUCCACACAUCCCAUUCAGAAUGCAAUACAAAGCCAAAGCAAUUUAUACAAACACUGAGUCUGAAAUCCAAAAAUAUUAAACAGUAACUGUCAGUUUAUGACAAAAAAAAAAAAAAAAAGAAAAAAAGAUUUUGUCUCAGUUUUCAAAACAACAUCUUGCAUUCAACACACAGUAGCAUAUUCUGGGCGAAGAGGGAAGCUUCGUGUACAUCAAUCAUGACAGAGGAUGUGAUUUUUAUUUAAAAAAAACCCACUUCAGUCAGAUAUGAAAUAUCAUACGUACACCUCACUUUAAGUCUCAUCCAUGUAAAGUUUUCAUUUAUUGCAUAUAAAACAUUGCAUUCAAAGUAUGAUUCACUCACACACACACACGCACCCAUAUAUAUUACUAAAUACAAGAGGAUCAAAAAUAAACAAGACUUAAAUGAAUGAUAGAUACCUGACAUGUUAAUUUAAUGUUAAUUAUCAUGAAUGUUGAAAUGUUAAUCGAAGGGCAGGAGUGUAUAUGGUACAGAGUGCAGUAUGUGUGGCUUAUGGAGUAAAAUAAAAAUAAUUCUAUGUUGUGGAUGAAAAAUAAAAAUAGUCUUUAUAAGUCACUACUAUUUGUCAGCUUAUGCUCUGUCUUCAAGGCAAUGCUGUGCUCCACGAUGAGCCAGUAACAUUUCCAUAAAGUAGGAUCACAGGGGUGAUGGUGGUGUGGUAAGUCAGAGUUAUUAUUGUGAUAUAUUAGAUGGUAAAGUUGAAGAAGUUAUCUGAGCAGAAAAAAGUGGAAAAGUAGAUUUUUACAACUGAUAGUUGCAUCCUUUAAGACAAGCUUAUUCUUAUCCAUUAACCUUCAUAAAGAUAACAUAAAACGUGAACCACAAUUUAAAUGAACACAAUGUAAAACCAACACAGAUGAGGAGAUUGUCCGACCAUGUGAGCAGCUGAGUUUUAGCAGGUCAGGAGCUGCUGCUGCUGCAUGUGGAGGAGCCGAGGGACAAUCAGGAAUGUCUGUGGUGUAAUGUUAGUAAAAAUGAGCUAGGAAAUUAAGAGUACACAGUCCUCUGUGAUAAGUGACCAUGAUCAGACACACAGCAGGUCAAAAGCUCAAGUCUAGAGUCAUUCCUCUGAGUUCAACAGUCGAAUUUAAGGCAAAUUUUGAGGUGUACAUUAUUUCACACUACGAGUUUUUAGGUCAUGAAAUGAUCUGAGGCAUGGAUUGAUGUAUAGAAGACAAUUAACAGAGUUUGCAAGGGCUUAGCAAACUCGAAAUGUUGCUUUAAACAUGUUGAGAAAUAUCAAAAUUCAUAUAAAAAUCAACCUGGUCACAUUUGUCCCUCGAGUGGAGACGAGGAGAAUUAUUUCACUGACUAACUGAUUUAAAAAAAUCAGAAUUCAAAGCUUUAAGGAAAGAGAUUAAAAAAAAUCUUAAAAAAAAAAAAAA